AUGACUUAUCAACUUCCUUAUCAACUUCCCACCACCACAUUUCCUCUAUCUACCCCGAAUACCCAGACACUGCCACCUGCCCUUCUGCAAGCUCUCCAUCGACUCGCCACAUUUUCUUCCAACAUCCAGCUCUUAACAUCUCAAUUUGCUCCGCAUCUCCAUUUCCACGCACAUCAUUCAUGCUUCUCCAAGCCUACCCCACAACACUUUGCUCGCCGCCGGAAGCCAACAACUCGCUCAACAGCUUGGCGAUUACAAAACCUCACGCCUCCUGAUCCCAUCACUCACCUUCCAGCUUCAGGUGUUACACCCUCGGCUUCAAUUGCUACAUUGAUCACAAAUGCCCCACUGCGGCCGGUCUCAGCUCCACCAUUCGACUCAACGCGACAUACCUCAAAAAUGCCGAGAUCAAGCUCUAUACCUCCUUGUACCACUCAAUCACGCACGCAAGCAGGGCCAAAUAAACUAGUCCAAUAUGCUUUAUCAAAUCAUCAAUCUGAUGAACCAUUAUCACAGAACAGCAUCAAAUCUCGAUCAAUGACUUCCGCAAGCACCGCGGUUGACCUGAUCCGAGUCGAAUGUCCAAUCGACCAGCAACCUGUUCUCAACUCAAGACCCAAACGAGCUGCGCAACAGCCAUUUCCACCGGCUGACUCUCAUAAUAUCAAAAAUACUCGUGAUUUGCUUAUAGACCUCAAUGCAAUCAUCUCGAAUGACUCAAGAUUGCCUGUAUCGGCCUCAGAAACCGAAGUAUUGAGUGCUAGUAUAUCAUUAACAGCCAUAGAUAUCCCUAAUGCUGCUAUUGACUUGCUUGUUCCCACCACCGUCGGUCCAGCUCCUGCGAUUUUAACAGUUGGCCCAGCACCUGACACCACUGUCGAUUCGUCAGCUAUCACCACUCCAAUCGAUCUAACAUUGGCUCCUUUUGUCAAUGAGUCUACUGAUGAUGUUGGUCUAGGACGUACGAUUCAUGACGGUUCUAAACGCGGCGAUGAUUUCACUACUACCGACGACGUCGCUGCAGCACUCUUGAUACCUGCCACCGCUGAAAAUCUAGAACACACUGCUGUUGUUUCACCACCGCGUGUCCCUUCGAAUCUAGCGUCUGCCACCAAGAUCGACCCGAUCCUGAACGCGAUUGAACUGGCGAUAGUUCCAAAUGUGAAUCCUGUCAUUGAGGAUCUAAUAUUGAGCGCUGCGAAUGAUCACGCGUUAUACUCUGCUGUUGGUUGUCUAACUACUGGUGAUAUCAAUCAAGACACCAUCACUGACAUCGAUCAAAACCGAACUGUGGAUUUAGUGCUCAAUGUAGAGAAAGGACUUGCGGAUGAUGUUGAUCAAGAACUCGAUACAACCAAAAUUGUAGCUCUAAAUGACCAAUUACGACUACCGGUUGCAAGCCUGAUGAAAUCUGUCCCUAUGUUUGCUGUUGAUCGAUCAGUUGAUCUCGGUGAUACUAAAGCGGGAAAUCACGGACACGCUGCUGACGUUCACCCAGACCCUGAUGCUACAACCGAUCCCGUUCUUGAUGAUCUUGUCUCAAUACAAUCAGAAACCAAUCACCCUCUGCAAGUUUUUAUCUCUGAUAUUCACCUUGGAUCAAAUUUGGAUAUGCUCUCAUCACCACAGCCUUAUCAUAUUGCUCACCCUGUCGCAUCCUCAACCGACAUACCUUCGCCUUUGAUGAACAAGAAGAAGAAGAAAAAGAAGAACAAGAAGAAGAGACAUAGUACUGAUAAUAAUUCAUCUGAACAACACUGCCGCAAAUAUGAUGUCACUGACAACUUUGGCUUUUACGCUCCAAAUGGAUGGAUUGAAGAUCAUCAUCAUUCUUCAAAUCAUUCUCCUUCACUGCAACAAGACAUGCAUACACCGAGUGAAACCAAUUAUGACCACCUUCUUGGUCUUGUUCAUCAACUUCUCUUUUGUCAUCAUAUGUACGACCUCCUUCAAGUAGAUGAGCAGGGUAUCCUUUUUGGGAAGGAAUAUGGUCAACAUAUUCAAAAUCAAGAUGUGAUUUGUUAUUCACAUGAGGGUGAAUUCAUGUUUAGACGUACAAAAGAUGGAAAGAUAUUUGAUUAUCUUGAUGUGCUUGAUGUUAUGGCCCGAGGUCUGCCCAGCGUAUGUACACGACUGCGGCACAGUAGACCUAGUCCAGCUUUGUAUAUAACCUGUCUAGCUCCAGCUCCCGGCUCCUUCCACAUCCUUGUUCGUGGUUGGAUCCCAGAUGCUGAGCUUGCGCUCUAA